UAUAAUUCAUCGCUCAAUUUUAUCCUAAGACCUAAAUUAUUCUUUGUUAAACAUGGGUGAUAAUAAUUCAGCUAGCAAUGGAAACAUUGAUGUUGUUUUGAAUGUAAACGAUGAUGCCACUAAAAAGUGUGAAGACUCAAGCAUUCAAGAUUAUGUUCCUCUUUUGCAGAAGUUGGUAGCAGAGGUGGUGGGAACAUUCUUCUUGAUAUUUGCUGGUUGUGGUUCUGUGGUGACAAAUCUUAACAAUGAUAAAGUAGUGACACUUCCUGGAAUUGCAAUUGUUUGGGGACUUGCUGUUAUGGUAUUAGCCUAUUCUCUUGGUCAUAUAUCUGGUGCUCAUUUUAAUCCUGCUGUUACUAUUGCUCAUGCUUCUGCCAAAAGAUUUCCAUUAAAGCAGAUACCAGCUUAUUUAAUUGCUCAACUCCUUGGAUCAACACUUGCAAGUGCAGCUCUCAAACUUAUAUUCAGUGGUAAAGAAAAUCAGUUUGUAGGAACUGUUCCAGCUGGUUCUAAUCUCCAAGCCUUUGUGGUUGAAUUUAUAAUCACUUUCUUCCUUAUGUUCGUAAUUUCUGGAGUUGCCACUGAUAACAGAGCGAUUGGUGAAUUGGCUGGACUUGCAGUUGGAUCUACAGUUAUCUUAAAUGUGUUAUUUGCUGGGCCAAUCACAGGAGCAUCAAUGAAUCCAGCAAGAAGCUUAGGACCAGCUAUUGUGCACCUUGAAUUUAGAGGCAUAUGGAUAUAUUUAGUGUCCCCUAUUUUAGGAGCAUUGGCUGGUACAUGGGCAUAUACUUUCAUUAGAUACACAAACAAGCCAGUACGUGAAAUCACCAAGAGUGCUUCAUUCCUCAAACGUUCAGGAAGCAAGUGAGGUGCAACGACAAAAUGAAGCUUUAUCAAUCUUUAAUAUUGUAACCCUUUAGUAAUUUCACAUCCAUAAUGAAUAGGGAUUUUAAUUGUUAAGAAGAUCAACAUUAUUGGAUGUAACAAUUAGAGCAAAAGUUUAUUGUAUAUA